AUGCUCUGGCGACGUGUUCUCGUUCGCCAUCGAGCAAAACUCGUGGCGGUGGUGUUUCUAGUGGUCAUAUUCACCCACAUAGCCUAUAUAAGGCCCCAGAAGUCACUUGUGUCACAAAAUAAUUCCUAUAGUGAACAAAAAGCACCCGUGUCUGGUGACAAAGAUGGAAUCAAGGAGUCGAUACAACGUUCCAUCAGAGAUUAUCGCGUAUUUUUCGAUGGUUUGGAAGAGUACAAGAUUACUGCACCCUCAAUCAAGGGCCAAUACAAGGAUAAAAAGGCACCAGAGGUGUUUUCUACUGCAGAUGAUAUUCUUUUGUCGAAGGAAGUACUUGAAAACGUGUUAGAUAUACCCGACGAAACAUACCAGCAACUCAAGACGUCGCAUUCGAGGUAUGUGGACGAACAAAUCAACAAAUUGACGGAAAAUUAUGGCCUUUCGACGUUUGGUAAUAUUUUAAAAACAGAUCCCGAAUGGGGUACUUACCAAGGGUCUGCAGGUUACGUGAUGGUGGGAGGCCAUCAGUUCAGUUGGCUUUCGUACCUCAAUAUCAGACAAUUACGUUCAACCGGCUCCAAGCUUCCCGUGGAGCUUUUCAUUGCCAGCGAUGCAGAAUACGAGCCUGAGUUUUGCGAGAAAGUUUUACCUCGUCUUAACGCUCGAUGCAACAGAUUUAAUCCUGAUUUUAUCAAAGAAUUGGGAGACCGGUUCAACUUGGGCGGGUUUCAGUUUAAGAUGUUGGCUGUUCUUAGUUCUCGGUUCGAAAAUGUCAUGUACCUCGACUCCGACAACUUACCUGCCCGCAAUCCGGACGGCAUUUUCGAGUCAGAUUUGUACAAGAAACAUCAGAUGAUUCUUUGGCCUGAUGCUUGGGCUCGUACCACCAACCCCAAAUUCUACGAAAUUGCCGGUAUUGACGUGAAACCUAACAAAAUUCGGUAUUCAGCAUACGACAAAAAAGAAGCAGAGAAAGCCGGCGAGUCUUCGGUUCGUCCACCCUCUGCGUACGACUUUACCAACUCCAAUUUCCACGAUUUUGAGGGAACAAUUCCAAACCCCACUUCGGAAGCUGGAGCUUUUGUUAUCAACAAAACCAGCCAUCUCAAGACGCUUCUACUUUGCUUGUACUACAAUGUUUUCGGUCCCGACUACUACUAUCCACUUUUCACCCAGGGAUCCGCCGGUGAAGGCGACAAGGAGACGUUUAUUGCUGCUGCGCAUGUAAUGAAUGAACCGUGGUUCCAGACACUCAAACAAUUUAAAUGGGUCGGGUAUUUCCGUAAGUCCAAGGGUGGAUUUGAUUCGAAAGCAUUGGGCCACUACGACCCGGUACAGUCUGCUACUGACGCCGAUAAAGAUAUCGACUUUAUGUUUAUGCAUUUGUCGUAUCCGAAAUACUAUUGGUCGUGGUUGAGUGAUAACCAUGAAUUGUACGACUCCGAUGAACAUGUCAGGAUGUAUGAAUCGAUUUACGAUAAUGUGGGGUACGAUUUUGAUCUUCGGGUUUUAUACUCUUUCACUCUGGGGUUGUGUCCUAAUCUUUUCAACGAAGAUGGAUCUGUCGUUGUUGGACCAAAAGAAGCUCACAAGAACAAAGAUUACAUGGGUCCAUAUCUUCGCUAUGCCCAGCCUACAGCACAGAUAUCCGCUCUAUGCAAAGAACUAUUCAUACCACAUAUCAAGUGGCUAUUGGAGACCACGAAAUAUCCUAAUUCCAUUUCCCCAUUUCCAGGUCUGGACCCAAUAGCAUAA